AUGGGCCUCGAGUUGCCACAGUCAGCCAAAUGGAACGAAGUCAACAUAAAUGCCAAGCUUCUCUGCAUCAUCGCGAUGACCUCUGGUCGGGCAUUUGUAAGCCCUGAGCUGUGCAGGGACGAGAUACAUCUCGACGCAUCCAUCAACUUCACCAAGAAUCUUAUCAUUGCUGUGUAUGUUUACUGGCUGGCAGCGAGAACCGAGCCUGUUACGCUUCUACUAGAGGAUGUACAACAAGCCCUAACUUACAUAGAAGGCCAAUUCACCAGUACUUUGCUACAGAACAUGAAGAAGCUCGAUAGCUUUAUACGCGAGAUCAAGAUAGUUAUUCCACUCAGUGCCAAUUUCUAUCUUCGAAAAGUAGUGAAAUUAUUCCAACUUCCAAAUGGGCAAACGAUCCCAGAGGGCAUGUUCAUCGAGGUCCCAAGUAUAGGAAUCAACGAGGAUCCAGAGAUCUUUCCGAUCCCAGACGUGUUUGACGCCCUACGCUUCGACAAGCUCCGUGAGGACAAAGACCAGUUGGUAGAGGUUGUGAGCCAGGCGCAAUCCGAGAGCGUUGGGACCACCCAUUUGACGUUCAGCUAUGGUAAGCAUGCUUGCCCUGGCCGGGACUUCACUGUCAACGAAAUCAAAAUGAUCGUCGCCAAUCUUUUUUGUCAUUAUGAUAUAAAAUCACCGGAUGGUGUGAAUGGAAGGUAUCAAAAUCUCGCUUUGGCGACCAGGUGA